AUGGGUAAAGGUACUCCGUCUAUGGGCAAGCGCCACACCAAGAGCCACGGCUCUGUCUGCAAGCGUUGCAACAACCACGCAUGGCACUUCCAGAAGCAGCGUUGUGCUGCUUGCGGCUACCCCUCCGCCAAGAUUCGGUCUUACAACUGGGCCCUCAAGGCCUCCCGCCGUCGCACUACCGGCACUGGCCGCAUGCGGUACCUCAAGACUGUUGACCGUCGCUUCAAGAACGGCUUCCGCACCGGCACUACCAAGGCCAAGUCUGCCUAA